GCGGUAGCUGCUGACGUCUUCAUCAUGCAACUGUCCGCCCUAGCUUGUUUGCUGUCGCUAUACGCUUUGCCCCUGCUUUGCGAGGCUACCACCGUACCACAAAAGAACAGCAAGGUUCCCCCUGGGUUUGUGACAACCAAGGGGAAAGAGUUCGAACUGGAUGGGAAGCCUUUCGCUUUCGUGGGUGCAAACUCUUACUGGCUUCCUCUUUUGACUAGCCAGUCGGACGUGGAUGCUACGCUCGAGUCGAUGAAACAGGCUGGCGUCAAGGUACUCCGUACCUGGGGUUUCAACGCUAUCAAUGAAACAGAACUGCAGGGUGCACUCGAAACGAACCUGACAUACUAUCAGGUUUGGAACAGCAGCCAGUGGCUCCUCAAUGACGGACCCCAGGGAUUACAGCGCCUUGAUAACGUCAUUGCUUCGGCAUCCAAGCAUGACAUCAAGGUUAUCGUCGCAUUCACCAACAACUGGGUUGGAUAUGGCGGCUCUGACCUCUACGUCAACUGGAUCGCCGGAGCUGGUCAACCACAUGAUGUUUUCUUCACGGACUCUCGAAUCAUCGCCUCCUAUCAAGCCUACGUGAAGACAAUCGUGGAACGCUACAAGAAUUCUUCGGCCAUAUUCGCGUGGGAGCUCAUGAAUGAGGCCCGAUGCGUGAGUGAUACCCUCCCGGCGGGUCCGGCUUGUGUACCAGGUUCCAACACCCUCAAGACCUGGUAUGAAGAGCAAUCGAACUUUGUCCGGAGCUUGGAUGCCAACCACCUGAUUACGACUGGCGGAGAAGGACAGUUCUUCUGGGAGCAUCCUCUCCAAUAUUGGUUCAAUCACACAUUGGUCAGCGACUAUAACUAUAACGGACAAGCGGGCGAAGACUUCGACCAUGACACGCUCCUAUCGAAUAUCGAUUUUGGAAGCUACCAUAUGUAUCCCCAAUCCUGGUAUCCCGAACUGGACCAUCCCGGUUCUAACUUCACGAUCGAGAGCUGGGGCUUAGACUGGAUCGAUCAACACAUUCAUGCCGCCAACAAGGCGAACAAGCCCCUUAUUUUGGAGGAGUUUGGCGUAAGCGGACUUCAAAACAAGACCACUAUCUACCCCAGUUGGGUGCAGCGCGCUUUGGACACGAAGCACGCCAGCAUCAUGCCAUGGCAAUGGGGUCAGCUUGGCCUCACCGAAGACGGCGGAAACCGCCCCAUCAAGUAUUCUGACGCAAUCGUUGACGGAGCUUCCCCAAACGAUGGCAACACUUUCUAUCCCAAUCAGACUCAAGUCUGGGAUAUCUUCACGAGGGCCGCUAAGAUCCAGAACGCCAGAUCUGGGUAGACGAGAUAAGUGGAUGGUACAAGUACAAAAGAUGACUAUGGUACAGGGAUGCAGUGAAUGCUAAGGAACAUAUGCAACAGAAAACAAGGGACGUCAAAGACCUCCGCUGAUGACAAGCUAUCCGGUUCCCCUCCCCGCUUGCCUCCCAUGCUCGCGACAUGGAUCCUGCUGGUUUUGUGAACAUUCAGUCCCACGUUUCGUCUGAAAAGAUGUAAUGUAGCGCGUACAGCUAUCCCCUGUGCUGAGGCGCCGUCUUGUGCCCAGCCCUUGUAGGCGACAUUGAUUCCCUCGGCGAGUUUGAUAUUUUGGUUGC